UCUUCUCUUCUUCGGUCUUAAAUACAAAAGGAGGUCGCGCCAAAUUCAAAACGUAUGAUGUAGUUAGCUGAACAUACAGUGAAGGUUUUCGGGAUUUUAUUUAAACGAUACACCGUAACUUUUAGAGACUUCUGCUUACAGAUGGACCCGACGGCACGUUUUUUCGGAAAGUUGCGAAACCUAGUCGUAAACUUGGAGACCGAAACUGCCAGUCUUCAGCAGGCACAUCAGAACAACGACGAUGAAGAUCGUGACGUCGAAGUUGCUGUGUCUGCUCUACAUGAGUUGCACUCGGAGGUCAGGGCCCUCAAGGGCCAGGUAAAGAAGCAACUGCUGGCCCAACAGGUGGAGGAGGAUAACAUGAGGAGCUUCAUAACGAAGUGUAUGGUGCUAAAGCAGAGGACCACAGAGGACAUCCAGAGACUAAGGAAACACUAUGAAAUAUAUGGCUACAAAGCACCUACGAACAUACAGAAAAAUCCAGAGUCAAAUAGUCAGGAUUCAGAUGCUUCUGCUAUGGAGGAUGAGGCAGAGUUAGGAGAGGAGGACCAGGUGGAGGUAGAGGGACAUCAGCCCUCUGUGCCCUACGUUGACCCAAUGCGUACCCCCCAGCUCUCAGACUUUGGCCUGUCAAAGAUCCACCUGAAGAGGGCAUGUGGUGGCACAAUGUUUUCCAGCGUUGAAACCCCCACACCCACGAGGACCUUCCACCUGCCCUCUCUGGUCUCAGCCAUGCAGCCACCCAUCCCCAAAACCCCCAAGUGCACGCUGCGCAUGGACGAAGACGACGAGCUCCAGACACCCCGCAUAGUGGACUUCGGCCUCUCCGAACACACAAUGUGUCUCAACAACGACUUCACCAUGGAUCUUCAGUGCAAGCAGUCUUCCAAGCUUCUCAGUGGAUCGGUGUCCUCUGGCUUGGGAGUAAUGUCGCCGAGACCGGCACAUGUCCUCUCCGCCCCGCUGUCAAAUCCAAUGGCGCACCACCUGGCUACCAUGGAGUCCCCCAAGGCCCCCGUGUUUUCUAUCCCGGGUCUGAAGAUCACAAAGUUGCCGCAGCGCGCCCCGUCCCCUCCUCCGCGGGGAAGCAAUGACCUGGGGUCUCCGUGUCGCCUUGGCAACCUCCAAGGCACCCCUGAGGUCCCGGCAUUUGAGACGCCGUACAUCAACAGACUGCUUAGUACCAGGAAGAGGGGUGCUGCUGGUGGUGAAGCAAGGCUUGAGCAGAGUAUUGGGGCAGGAGAGCCCCCUUUCCUAGAAAUUGAUGGUCCCACCCAGACAUUCAACCUUGGAACCCCGCUUGUCAGAGGACAUUGCUCUGAGCCACCCACCCCCGAGAUGCCGGACCUAAGCUCUGUAACACAAGACAUCUUUAAGUUAAUUUCCCAGAGCAAGAAACUCCCAACCAUAGAGAUUCAGUCACCGUUAAAGCCAUCAAACAUCCACACUGUAACAGGAAAGGAGAACAGGGCCCAAAGUUUAGCUGUGAUAUCAGAGAUGGAGUUCCUGAGUCAUCCAAGUUACCUCAGACAGAUUCCUUUGACCAGUCUUAACCAGGCCAUUCAAAAGAUCAACAGGGCUACAGAAGAACAAGGUCAUGGUGGUGACUUAGGCCCUGCAGGGUUUUCCAUGGAAGAAUUGAAGAGGAUUACAGGGGUGGGCACCAAGACCCCUAUGUACGUCCUGUGUCUGACUGAGAUGAAGAGGCUGGAGCGUGUGCAGGGAGUAGGAAGCAGUGACGUGUACAAAGUCCUGUUACAGACACACAUCUGAUUAGGAAUACAAUGACAUUUCCUAUCUUUUUUUAAAUCUCCCAAAGGACUUAAGCCUACUGAGUGAAGUCCCAUUUGCCGACUGACCUGAUACCCAUAAUUUGAUGAGUUUAUACACUUUUGUUUCAGUUCUCUAAAUUCUGUAGGUUCACAACUAAACUCAAAUUCACACUUCUGUAGCUGUCUUGUCUGUGUAAUGUAUUGUGUGCAUAUAUAACCUCCAAUAAAUAUAAUUAAGCCUGA